GCUGAAACAGCCGCUGACGCCCGCCCGGGAGACGUUUUUCAGCCAGAGGCGCCGCAGCUCCUCGUCCUUGGGGAAGGUGUAGAAGUGCAGCGCCUUGUCGCGGUGCGAGUUGUUGUAGCAGCCCGGCACGCAGCAGACUGUAUCUGAUUCAGGAAAGGAGAAUAAUUCUGGCAGAAGCACCUUGCUGAAGCAGAGACCAGCUGUGUUCCCUGAUCCUGACAAUGACACACCACGGAAUAUGCUCAAGAGAAUCAUCCGAACCCAACCACAAGUUUCACCUCUAGCACCUCAGAUACCUAAAGAUGAAGAAACAGAAGCAGCUCAGUCAGAACUCCCGUGUAAGAGGGUUUCCAGCAUGCUGGAAAUGCAACUGCCAGAUGUUGUUCCUGAGGACACGUCUAUCACCACAUUCCAUAUGACUAAGAAGAGAAAGAAGCUCAGCAUUUCUGAAUUUGAGAGAGCAGCAGACAAACGACUUCCUCAGAACCAAGCUCAGUCAACACUGGACAGCAGUACUUUGGCUCGAUCUCUUCGCAUGUCUCUUGGUUCCUUGAUCCUACCAGAUACUGUUGAAAAGAGAGGCUUGCUCCGGAGGCCAAAAAAUCGCAAAGCUAUUGACAUGGAAGCUUUUGAAGGUGGAGUGGAACAGAACAUGCUGAAAAGAAAAGCACAGAACUAUCUUGUGGAUUCACAGACAGCAUCUGGGAUUCAAACAGCCAUGCUGACAAGUGACGUGGAAAUUGUGCUGAAUAAUACGGAGCUCUUUGUUCAGCCUCAGUUUGAUGAACAGAGCCAAAAAAAGCUUUCUGCUCUUGAACCGCAGCUAUCAGAUUCAAAAACUUCAGCACAGAGAAGCAAGAUUUCUGAUGCAGCUCAAGAGGCAGCAGGGCUGGUGGGCCUGGUAUCUGGUGUGGGCACAAACAAGGGGAGGACCCAAAGAUAUUCUGAGGACUUAAUCAUUGAUCAUGAGCACAUUGACAGAAUGACUCAUGUCUCUCCAAAAACGCCUGCAAACCAGCGAGAAGAUAAGCAAGAUCAUUCCCAUCAGAGUAACCCAAUGGAGCAGCUUUCUGUUUCAGAAGAGGUGGUGGCUGGCACUGUUAGUAGAUGGAGCUCCUCUUUGCCAUCCAGAAGUUCAAGUGAAUGUUUGGGAUCCCCAGUCACUCCAAAGCCUAAGAGAUCUUUCAGCAUGUCUUUGAGAGAAGUUGUGUCCCAUAUAAUUGAAGACCUAGAUGUGAGCAGUGCAGAAGAAGAGCUGGCUAAUACAGCAAGCAGAGUGGAACAGGAAGAGACUUUCAGAGAGGCUGCAGAGCUUUAUGCAAAUGCUGGAUAUUCUGAACAUUUGGAGAAGACACUGACAAAAAAAGUAGAGCCACAGAUAACUGUGGCACAGGAUGCCGGAGUCGAAACAGAAAUGGCCCCUUCAGAAACAGAGGGAGUAGAAGAACGCACUGCUGAACACCAAGGCUCUCCUGAAGCUGAACAUGAGAUUGUGAAAAGUGUUGGACCUGGAAGCCUGAGCAGGCAUUCUCAUGCUUUUUCCUCCUCUGAAAAAUCUGGGAUGAAGCCAUUAAAGGAAGCUGUUGAACAAGCAGAUGAACUAGAGGACCAGGCUGUCACAACAGAAUUGGGGGGUCCAGAAGAGCCUACUGAGGAUGACAUUGAAGACCCUGAGAGUGAAGAGGUUUCCAUGAAGACACCCACAUUUGUCCGUGCUGCAGCCUACAAGCCCCUGGUGUCAACUCCACGUCCUGCAAAACCUGCUGCUCCCAAGUCUUCCCUGCAGCGGCCGCAGGCUAAGCGAGUUCCAAAGGGCUCAGGAGUGUCACGGAGGAAGAAGUGUGAGCCUGAAGUAGCAAGUAGUUUGAUAAAGAAUAUAUUUAGCCAUUAUGUGAAAAUGCCAGUGGCCAGAGAUGCAUUUAAAAUUGUUGAAAAAUGUUCUGAGAAAUACUUCAAGCAGCUAAGCAAUGAUCUGGAAGCUUACAGCAACCAUGCAGGGAGGAAGACAGUGGAGAUGGCUGACCUGGAGGUCCUCAUGAGAAGACAAGGGCUGGUGACAGACAAGAUGCCGUUGCACGUGCUGAUAGAGCGUUACCUCCCUCUGGAGUACCGGAAGCUCCUGAUUCCCGUUGCUGUGAGUGGAAAUAAAGUGAUCCCCUGCAAAUGAAGGUGCCCCACAUGGUGGCUCCCAUGGGUGAGGAGAUGGCCUGCUCGCCGAGGCUGGCUGUGGAUUGUUCCCUGUAGCUGUUCCACGUGGUGGGGCAAUAAAUGGUUGACCUUCUCUUGAAUGGCUACAGGUUGUGCUGUGGCUGUCAUGCCAGCCUAUGGGUCUCACCAACUGUUAUUACAAGUAAUUUGACUCUCCUGAAUUUUUUGUGUUGCCUUUGAAUCCUUGUAUAGCUCUGCUAAAUAAAAUAUUAUGUGUA